AUGGACAAGGACGUCAUGAUGAAGGAGGUGGUUGAAGCCAGUGACAUUGACACCUUCAGUGUUACGGCACUCGAUGUUGCUCUACCAUCUCCGGAAAAUGAAAGAAGCAGAAGCGGGUGCUCUGAUGCAACAGACCCGGCUCAGCUGGCAGUCUACGACCCGUUUCACCCACCACCGGAUUUAAUAUCACCAAGUUUUUAUGACUAUGUACCAUGGGAGCAGCUGGAAUCACAAGGUUGCGCUGCUCCUGGUUACAAAAUUUCUUAUCUACCACCAAGUCCCCCUUCCCCCGGCAUUAUCCAGGUAGAAGAAACUUUCCUUGGCAGUUAUGAGGAACAAGCUAAGGAUGCUAAGCUUGUGGAGACGCGGGACAAACUUUUAACUUCUGGGUCUGGACAAGGAAACUACUACCGCACUGUAAUACUAGGGGCAGAGGAUCCAACAGGCAAUAUCAAGUGCAAGUUUUUAACACGUGUUCACCUUGCGGAAGAGAAUGAAGGUUGCUUCACUGUCCAUACACUCGACGCCAGAAAGCUUCCUCUUGAUGGCUUCUCCCAAAACUGGCAUCAUGGCCCUAGCAGUCUUUGGAUGCCCGUUUGGUUGCCUAAGAAUGCCGUUGAUAAGCCGCAAUACUACGAGAUGAAUGACUCUGACGUGCAAGAAAACAAAGACUGGCUGCUUGUGUACGCCGAACUCGCCUUGUACUCCUGGUUUGGAUACGGGUUCCGAUAUCUGGAUGCAUUGCCUCUUGAGGUGGUAAAGGUUUUUGUGCAAACCACAGAGGAUGUCGAGCCGGCCAAGGCCAAGAAUGCAAUCUUCUACAUUACCUUCAAAACCGUCGCUGGUAGGGAGUACAAUGGUAUCAUCAAGAGAGCUACGGAUGGGAGGCCAGAUCGUUUCUCCCUUGAAGCCACGUGUCCUAUGUUCUGA